AUGUUUGAAGCGCACAUCGCGAACGUUUCACAAGAGAGAAGUGCAGCAAAAUCAGAGAAAGAGCAGAAAUCUUUUGACAAAUCGAAGAAAAAUCGAGGAUGGCAAAACAGUGCAACCAAAACUCGUUCCAACUCCAGCAUACAAACUGUGAGACGCGCGGACCAGCCAAAAAGGAAGCAAGAACUAUCGGGUACUAGUGGAAAACCGAACAAGAAGUGCUUCAAAUGUGGUGAGUUAGCUCAUGGUGUGUUCCAGUGUCCCAAUAUUUCGGGUCCUGCCGAGGCCAAAGAGUCAUAUGAAAAGACUAUAGGCAAGCGAGUCGUGAAACCUGUAUUGGCAGCGAUUCCAGCAGAGACCGAGAUUACGCCCGACAGUGCUGCCGAAGUUUCUGUGGUGACAACUAAGCUACUGAAGCGGUUGUCGAGCGCGAGUUAA